AUCCAAUCACCAUGGCUUUUAAGGAGAAAAGUCGCAUAAACGCUGCGAAAACUGGCUUGCGAUCAGUCGUCGGAGCCAAUCGGAGCGUGCAGAUUCGAGUCAGCUGCGAUGCACGACGGGUAGAGGAGACUCCCGCAGCAUCGGUCGCCAGUGCACUAACCACCGCAGUGAGUCGCAGUCCCCCACCACUACAUCGCCAGCCAGAGCUUCGUUCCGAGUUCGGCUUCCGCGUCGUCGUGGUACCAGAAAGAAACCCCGAGAAAAGAGCGACAAAGGAACAGGAAAUCAUCGCCCGGCGCUAGGGAUCCGUAGACACAGGUCAGCAAAACAGGCAACAGACUCCAGAUAGAACCAAAUGCAGACUUCGUCGUGGCUUCUCGUCGCUGUCGCGGCACUCGCCGGUUCAGCUAACGGUGCCAACGCGGCGAACGCCGUCUUCAUGGCCAGCACAUCGCAAUGUUCGUCCGUCGACACAUGCUACGAGGGCGGCGCGUCCUCGACGCCCUGCUCAGUCUCGAGCGGCGGCUGUCCGCCUUGUAUCACGUUUGCGGAUGACGGUUGCUACGUCAAGGUGGAUGGCUCCUGUCCUUUCGGUGUGGACUGCUCGUCCGUCUGGGGAUCAUCCACUACUACUUCCAGCGGCAGCACGUCCACUACGACGUCCAGUACCACAGGCUCCACUCCCAGUACGUCAACGUCCAGUACGGCGGGAUCGUCGACUUCUACGACGGCUGGAACGUCCUCCCAGACAGGCUCGAACACCAGCGGCACGGCCGGCGUGGCCUCGUCCAGAUCGACUGCGUCCAGCACUUCUGGAAGCAGCAGCGCCGCGGCGGGAGACUCCAGCAGUGGCGGAUCCGACAUGAGCGUCGUGUUCGCCAUCAUCGGCGCGGCCAUCGGCGUCAUCGCCGUCGCUGUGAUUUUCCUGACGCUCGUGCGUCGCUCCAAGGCCGCGAGUGAAGACGAAGACGACGAGAUGCCCAACGCUACGCCAGCCUUCGCCAAGAGCCAGGGCCCACACAGCACGACGGGCGCCGCCAUGUACGCGAGCUACAACGGCAACAACCGCGUGGGCGGGGUGGGAUCCGGUACGGGCAAUGAGAUCGGCCUGGACAUGUCCAAGGGCGUCUCUAUGAACGCCGUGAGCUACUACAACCAGCAGCCUCCACAGACCUCGACAGCGCCGUCGCCCCGCGUGGCAGGGCGCGCUAUUCCGUCGCAGCCGGUGGGUAUGAACCAGAGCGCCGGCAUGGCCCGUCCCUAUGGCGGCAGCCAGAACUUCGGCGCUUCGGGCGUGGGCGUCACGAAUGGAAUGGGAGCGGCGGGUGUCGCUGUGGCGAACCAGGCACCGCCCGCACCAGUGCAGCACCACCCCAUGGGCGGCGUAGCGCCGUCUCCGCACACCCGAAGAGAGUCAUACGAGUUCUAACCGAAAUAUGGUUGGAACGAAACAACGUAACUAGUCAAAGGAGUCGAGGAACGCAGGUCGAGAGCACAUGUACAGACACAGAGAGUGGAGGAAAGCUGAGAACUCUCUUUUUGACUCGGAAGAGUGGUGUAUUCAAAAUACGGUUUUCUUGUGACAAUUUGUGCUGCAGCUUAGCAAUUUGCC